AUGGUUCCUCCUCCUGCUGAAAUCCGUAGAAAAUUAGUCAUUGUUGGUGAUGGUGCUUGUGGUAAAACUUGUUUAUUAAUUGUAUUUUCUAAGGGUACUUUCCCAGAAGUUUACGUUCCAACAGUUUUCGAAAAUUACGUUGCUGACGUAGAAGUUGACGGAAGAAAGGUUGAAUUAGCACUUUGGGAUACUGCCGGACAAGAAGAUUAUGAUAGAUUAAGACCAUUAUCAUACCCAGAUUCCAAUGUUAUCUUGAUCUGUUUCUCAGUUGAUUCGCCAGAUUCUUUAGAUAACGUUCAAGAAAAAUGGAUUUCCGAAGUAUUACAUUUCUGUCAAGGUGUACCAAUCAUCUUGGUUGGAUGUAAGUCAGAUUUAAGAAAUGACGCACACACAAUGGAGCUGUUGAGACAAGUACAACAACAACCAGUUUCUACUAGUGAUGGACAAGCCGUUGCCCAAAAGAUUGGUGCAUCCAACUACUUAGAAUGUUCAGCUAGAACUGGUCAAGGUGUCAGAGAAGUUUUCGAGGCCGCAACCAGAGCCUCAUUAAGAACCAAGGAAAAGAAGGAAAAGAAGAAGAAGUGUGUUGUAUUGUAG